AUGGGAGCCGCCACGAACGGGGACACCACGUCCAAACCUCAGGCAGAGCCAUCCCGCCCACUCGCCCAAACCCACGACCUCGACGCCCUCUACUCCCCCUCCGUCAUCACAAAGAUCUGGACCGUCGCCAGCAAAGCCCUCCACGAUGACUCCCCACCCACCACCUUCCCCGAAUACACGACGCCAGGCGGCACCACCUACAUCUACUCCCCCGCCUCCUUCUGGACCUCCGGCUUCUUCCCAGGGUGCCUCUACCUCCUGCGCGAGCGGCAACUGCGCUACCCCUCGCACUUCCCUUCAUCCGCCCUCCCCGGACCGCUGCCGCACCCGCCGGCAUUGGAGUUCGCGUGCAAGUGGUGGACCGCGCAGCCGAAGCUGCAGGCGGGCCGCACGGACACGCACGACCUGGGAUUCAUGAUCCAGCCGUGGGCGCAGCUGGGAAUGGCGCUGGACGGGGACGAGGAGUGUCGGGAGGCGCUGGUGACGGCGGCGCGGAGUUUGGCGGCGCGGUUUGAUGCGAGGGUUGGGGCGGUGCGGAGCUGGGAUGGGUGUCGGACGGGGGUGUAUGAGUUUCAGGAUCCAGGGAGGGAGUUUUUGGUUGUGAUUGAUAAUAUUAUGAACCUCGACCUCCUCUACCACGCCGCCUCCAUCACGGGCGACCUCUCCCUCGCGCACAUCGCAACCACUCACGCCCUCACCACCCUCCGCCACCACGUCCGCACCGACUGGUCCACCGCGCACCUCGUCAUCUUCGACCCCACCACCGGCACCGCGCAGCAAACCCUCACGCACCAAGGCUACAAAAACGACUCCUGCUGGACGCGCGGCCAGGCGUGGGCCAUGGCCGGCUUCAUCCAGUGCUACCGGCGGGUGAAGGAGCCGCUGUUCCUGGACGCGGCGUUGCGCACGGCGCGGUACUGGAUCGAGCGGAUGCCGGAGGACGGCGUCGUGCCGUGGGACUUUGACGCGGAGAAAGAGCGCGGCCCGGGGGAGCCAAGGGACUCGAGUGCGGUGCUGGUUGCGGUGUGGGCGAUGUUGUUGGUUUAUGAGACGUUGGGGGAGGAGGGGAGGGGGGCGGAGGGGGAGGAGUUUUUGAGGGUGGCGUUGAGGAGUGUGAGGGGGAUUGUGGAUGGCUGUUUGUCGGCGGGUGGAGAGGGAGAGGGGGAGCUGGAGUCGGUGGUGAUGCAUGCUACGAUUAAUAAUUUCGAGCAUGCGCUGAGGAGGUGGGCGGAUACGGGGUUGGUGUAUGCGGAUUACUACUUUCUUCUGACGCGCCGACGCGACGUUGACCCACCUCCGCAACCUCCGACCAUCGCUUCCAUCGUCAACACCAUCGCCUCUUCCCCUGCACUUCACCGUUGCCCGCUUAUGUCCGCCAUGUACGCCCCCGGCAAGCUUGACGUGAACGAGACUGUCCUCGCUGAAUGGACCGAUGCGCAUGGCCACGACUGCACCCUCGGUUCGCUGACACCUUGCCAUAAACGGGAUGCCGGGUUUACAUUGAAGGUCACGACGGAUGAGCAGCAGAGGGUCUGGGCAUGGUUCAUUCUAGCAGUCACGGUCAAGACAGCAGGCCGGGAGCGGCAGCGGGAGUUGGCCUUGGUCAUUCCGCCGCAUUCCUCCUAUGCCUUGACUUUUCAUGAGCUGGAAAUCUCGCAAAUCCACACGCCCGCCGUGUUCUCAGCAGUUGGAGAUGCACGCCUGUUUGACUCUGGCCGCGUAAUUCGUGCCAACUUCGCCCUUCCGAAGCUUGGCUACGUCCUCAUGCCCAAGUCUACCGCGAAGAAAAUUACACCAGCUUCUCGUACCACAUCAGACGUCCUGCAUGGGCUGCGUUCUCUUUCUCAAGCUCGCGCCUUCUCCGUCUAUAUCAAACCCAGCGACUAUGCCCGUCAAGGUUUGAAGCUGGUGUGUGACCGCAAUUCCGCUGCUCCGCCCCCCGCAAGUCCCUUCGCCGUCGAACAUGUCCUCGACACUCGGACGUCCGAAGUAGACUGGAGCCUCUUUGGCAUUGAGCCUGACCUCGUCCCCGACAAUCCUCCCUCAUCCGCACCUCCGCCUUAUCUCGGCCCAACACCUCCGCUCCUAGACUGCGAACCUCUCCUCCUCCUCAGCCCUCCCGCCGUCGCACCAGCGCCAUCCACCCCCAGCAAAUCCAUCAUCUCCGAAACAGACUUCUCGCAAAUUCCACCACCCAGCAUCGACGCCUCACCUUCACCCCAACCACAAUUUCAACCCUCCACCACCACCCAGCAAAAGCGCCCGCUCUCCCCGGACACCGCUGUCGCCCCUGAUAUCCUUCCCUCCGCCCAGCGUCCGCGCCGCGGUAGCUCCGCCGCCUCCACCGCCUCCACUACCCGCGACACCCUGACUGCCAACCUCGCCGAAUGGGUCGAAGCCGCUCUCGCCGUCAAUUCGUCUGUAUACGAGCACCCCCGCUUACAGGACCAUCUGCAGACCUGCGCCAUGCAUGCUGUUGCUGCAGACGUUGAUGCGUUCCUGGAUGCCCGGGCCGCGCUGGGAGCGGAGUUUUACUAUGAUCCAGAUGGUGUGGACGGGGAAGAGACAGCUGCGGCGGACAAGGAAGUAGCUGAACGCGCUGCAUACGUUGCAGACAUGGCGAGACUGCUGCGGUGGGCGUUGAAGAAGCGGUGGAGUGUGGAUGUGGAGAACUUGGAUACAUUUGUGUUCCUUGGGAAGGCGGCCAGGGCUGCGGUGAUGAGUACUAGUGAUGGUGAUGGUGGGAAUGGCAAUAGCGCGGUUGCGGGGCUGUGGCGUGAUCCGUACAGGUUUCGGAAGUCGCUUUGCGUCAAUUGCGUGUUGCUUUCUUGCGUGCCGCGUCCUUCUACGGGAUAA